CUCAUUUUGCAACGUGAUUGGUUUGUCCCUCCGUGCUCAACAGAAGGCAGCGAACGCCAGCCAUUCUGUGUGAUUUACUCGUAAUGAUUGAUGCUGCCGUUUAUAUCCUACCACAUCCCCGUUGAACCGCAGGCAACGUUGCACGGCUGUCAUGGUUAUUUUAACGGAUAUCACCAGAAACAUUUCCCUCUUCUAGUAAUUCAGUUCGCGCGCACACACGAGUCUCCACCGCGUUGAGAGGCUCGCGAGCAGCUGUGCUACUCGGCGCUGCCUCCCGGUUGAGCGGCGGCAGGAGGAUGGCACUGCGUUGGACGGUCUCUCCGUGUUUGUCCUCGGCGGUCUAUUAAGAUUUUAAUUAGCUGAUAACGUACGUUUGACAUUUACGACGGACUGUUGUGGGAGCGACGACAAGCGCACCGCUCCGAUUAUGGAAAAGGAGUCCAGGUUUGAAGACCUCUGAUCACAUUGGCUCCACGGCCAGCCAGGGAGCCAGUCAGGCGACAGCAAGGCUCACUGAGGAGAGAGACCAGCAGUGAGUGAGACUGGAAAGACCCUCUUACCGCACCUGCACUGCUUCACCCAUCCCACUCCAUCGUCACCACCAUGUCUCUACCCAGCGGCAGCCCAGAGAGAGAGGGCUCCAGUGGGGUUCUCCCUCAGCUAGAGUGCCCUUCUUCCCCUCCCGGCAUGGAUCCAGACCCCCCAUCGACAGGCAGCCCAGUGCUCAGCCCGGACUCAUCUUCCCACGAUGCAGUGCUGUCGGCACCAGCAGCCUCUCCAGCAGACUCAGAGAACCUGAGUCCUGAUGAACUGGAGCUGCUGGCCAAACUGGAGGAACAGAACAGGUUGCUGGAAGCCGACUCCAAGUCCAUGCGGUCGAUGAGCGGUUCACGGCGCAACAGUGGCUCCUCACUGGUGUCCAGCUCCUCGGCCUCCUCCAACCUGUCACACCUGGAGGAGGAUACCUGGAUACUGUGGGGCCGCAUCGUCAAUGAGUGGGAAGAGUGGCGACGCAAAAAGGACAAACUCCUGAAGGAGCUGAUCAGAAAGGGCAUCCCUCAUCAUUUCCGGGCCAUCGUUUGGCAGCUGCUAGGCAACGCCACUGACAUGCCGGUGAAGAACCAGUACUCGGAGCUGCUAAAGAUGUCCUCCCCCUGCGAGAAGCUCAUCCGCAGAGACAUCGCCCGCACCUACCCCGAGCAUGAGUUCUUCAAAGGCCAGGACAGCCUGGGACAGGAAGUCCUCUUCAAUGUCAUGAAGGCAUACUCUCUUGUGGAUCGAGAGGUGGGCUACUGCCAAGGCAGUGCAUUCAUCGUUGGCUUGCUGCUUAUGCAGAUGCCGGAGGAGGAGGCGUUUUGUGUUUUUGUGCGUUUGAUGCAGGAGUACCGUCUGAGGGAGCUGUUCAAACCCAGCAUGGCUGAGCUAGGCCUUUGCAUCUACCAGUUUGAAUAUCUGCUUCAGGAGCAACUUCCAGAGCUGAACGUCCAUUUCCGGUCCCAGAGUUUCCACACGUCCAUGUACGCCUCGUCCUGGUUCCUCACCCUUUUCCUCACCUUCCUCCCUUUGCCAGUCGCCACUCGAAUCUUUGAUAUUUUCAUGUAUGAGGGUCUAGAGAUUAUCUUCCGUGUGGGCCUGGCCAUCCUGCAGUACAACCAGACUGACCUCAUUCAGCUGGACAUGGAGGGCAUGUCACAGCAUUUCCAGAAGGUGAUCCCUCACCAGUUUGACAGCUGCCCAGACAAGCUGAUCCUCAGGGCCUACCAGGUCAAAUACAACCCCAAGAGGAUGAAGAAACUUGAGAAAGAAUACACCACAAUCAAGAACAAAGAAAUGGAGGAGCAAAUUGAGAUCAAGAGAUUACGCACAGAAAACAGGCUCCUGAAGCAGAGGAUUGAGACGCUGGAGAAGGAGAGUGCUGCUCUGGCAGACAGACUGAUACAGGGUCAGGUGACAAGGGCACAGGAGGCAGAGGAGAACUAUGUGAUCAAGCGUGAGCUGGCAGUGGUGAGGCAGCAGUGCAACACAGCCAGCGAGAGCCUGGAGAAAGCGCAGGACACCAUCAGAGAGCUGCAGCAACAGAGGUACACAGAACAGUUUGUGAGCAAUCUGCAGACCCAGCUGGAGCAGUCCAGGCUGCGAGAGGCCGAGCUGCUUGGAGCGCUGAAGGAAAUGCAAGACAAGGUGCUGGACCUGGAGAAGAGGAGCAGCUGCCUGCCUGAUGAGAACAACGUGGUGGCUCUGCAGGAGGAGGUGAAGCAGAUGAAGCUGAGGGAGCUGGAGACGCUGCGCUCCUUCAGAGAGAUGCAGGACACCGUGACCGAGCUCAACCAGCGCUGGCAGCAUCAUAUGUCCCGUGGCAGCAGCACUGGUGGUGGGGGCGGCCACUGGAAGGAAUCCCCAAAGAAGAACGCCAUGAACGAGCUGCAGGACAAACUGAUGACAGUCAGACUGAGGGAGGCCCAGGCCCAAGCUGAGCUCCGAGAGGUCAAACUAAAAGCCCUGCAGCUGGAGAGCCAGAACCAGAUCCACAGCAAGCUGAUUGGUCGCCACGAGCAGGAACGCUCCGCCCUGCAGGACCGGCUCCAGAUGCUGGCCAAUCAGAACAAAGCUCUCCAGGCCCAACUCAACGAGAUGAAAAGGAAGCAAGCCGAGUCUGACUGCAAGAGUAAAGAGGAGGUGAUGGCAGUGCGACUGAGGGAAGCAGACAGUAUGGCUGCCAUGGCAGAACUCAGGCAGAAGAUCGCUGAACUCGAGAUACAGAAGGAAGAAGGGCUGAUCCAGGGCCAGCUGAACCACUCAGACUCCAGACAGUACAUCACCCAGCUCCGGGACCAGAUUGCUGAGCUCAAGAAUGAGAUCAGGCAGUUGCGAGGGCAGAAGGCGGCCCCCAGCUCCAGGGUCAAUAGUGGAGGUGUAAGUACCACUUACCAGGAUCUCUGUCUGGCCAGCCCCGCCUCCGCUGAGGGAGACUACCUGAGUUCAGACGAGGACCUUCUCCCCAGCCCGCUGCCUCCCAACGCCCUCUACCCCAGCCUGUCCGGUCCGUGUCACCCGUCCCCCCGUCUCGACAGCGAGGGUAGCACGGACAGCGAGGCUGAGGAGCGCAUGCAGACACACCCGGACCCACAGCAGCUGUACGGCAGCAUGGUGUGCGCAGAGGGGCUGGAUAACUGAGAGCUGGAGCGGGUGCGAUGAUUCCAUUGGAUUUCUUUAGCCUAAAGAGACGCUGGAGCUCCACAGGACGGGACUGUACUACUGUAAACCGGGACUGCUUUAUCCAAUCCAGUCCUCCUCCUCGGCUUUUCCAGUGUUUACCUUUUACUUGAUGCAGACAUAAUGGCAUUGAUUGGACCUCUUUUGGUCAUCACUACCUGUAGUCUCCGCUCCUGUUACUGCCUCCACCACCUUGUUCCCCACACUGUCCUGUUCCCUGUCAAAGAGGUAAUAUAAAGCCUCUCUCCUUCUCCCCAUGUGUAGCUGCGCCAGAAACUGUCUGUCAAAAUACAUAUCCAUCCAAACAUAAAACAUAUGACACACAAACAAACAGAGUCUGGACCAGCAAGACUGCUGCUGCUCGCUGCUUGUGGGAUCAACCACGGGACCCAAAUCUGUGACCGUGCCCGGGAGUGAAACAUGGGUAGACAGAUAGUAAAGAACUCCUCCCUCUACCUGUAAACUGAAUAAUAGACACUAGACACACUGUAUGCUUUGUCUACCCUUAUAUAACUCUCCUUCCUGAUUGGUUCAGCGUUAAAUACAUCUUUAUCCCCUCUUUUCCCUUUUUAUGCCUUUCUUUAGGAAUACACACAUCCAUCUUCACUGCCUUCAGAAAAAAAAAAAACCUGUAUCAGUCAUCCGUUCACAAAAGAAAAUUCAACAUGGUGAUGAGUAUGAGAGGGAGAGGUACAGGGGAGGAACAUGUACACAUCAAACUAUAGGCUUAUCACAAGAUGGCAUUCAUAAGUGAUUCAUGAACACUUUAACAUACUAAAUAUGUGUGUUGUCUGUGUCUGUGUGGCUUGCAGAUAACAAGAAAGCAAGUAAGUUAAUACAAGAGCUCAUGUCAAAACAUAUUCACCAUGACCCACAAAAAAGGAAGGAAGAUACUCAAUGUUGCCAAAUCUUUUGUUUUAAAAUUAUUUAUAUGUUGUAAUUUAUUUUGAUAUUUUUUUUAUUUUUUUAUAUAUCUAUAUGAAACUAUAGGAGCGUAGAGAUACCGACAGAGGCCAAACUUUCUACAGCGUCCUUUGUGCCAACUAGUCAUCUGUUACAGGUUUACUGUGACACUGAGUGUUUCAGAGAUGGAAAACGUGCUGCUAUGAUUUAGAAUUUUACUUCUUCUGUUGUUUUGUUUUGUUUUUUUCUUUUUUCUUUUAAUCUUUGUGAGCAGUUUAACGUGAUUUCCUCCCAGGAGCUUCUCAGCAGUUAUCUAUGAUGGAAAUCGCGUGGUUUCUUCCAAAACCAAACACUAUGGUUGUAUAUGUGUGAGUUAAAGUUCGAUAUUUUUGGAACUAUGUUUAUUCGCGGUCUGUCUGAGAGUUAGAAUAUCGGGAGGCCGAGUGGUUAUGUGUUUUAUUCUGGUGACUUUAUGUGGACAGUCAAAAAAAUGUCCAGCACGUCACCCACUCUGAAACAUUGGCUCAAGUAAAAACGAGUCAGUGAUGUCAGUUACACAGCAAUAUCUAGCUAGCACUAGCUAGAAUUAGCCAACAUAAGCUGGUGGUCAUACCAGACCAAGUGAGGCUGUACCAGCUAGUAAAACCCCAGAAAGUACUGAAUUGAGCAAGGAUGCAUUUAUUGCUUAUUUAUUGCAUUUUUAAUUUAUAAGGGAAUUUGUGAUUUCCUCUAUGAAAAGUUUCUUAGUCACUAAUGAGUUUUAGAAGUGCCGGAAGGUGAAUUGUUUUAACCUUCGCACAGAGCUAGGCUAACUGUUUCCCCAUGUUUCCAGUCUUUUACGCUAAACUAAGCUGAGCUAAGCUAAGCUAACAUCUCACAGCUGUGGCUUCAUAAUUAACAGGCAGACAUGAGAGUGGUGUCAUUUCUCUCAUGUAAGCGAAAAAGCAUAUUUUCCAAAAUGUCAGACUGUUCCGUUACUAGUCAGUGUCCCAUACGAGCAAAAAGAAACCUCCAGGUAGCAGUGCUGAUCUGGAAUCACCAGUUCACGUGCUUAUAUCACAUAUCUGACAACUAAAACUGCAGCAUGUGGGCCAAUGAACGUGGAGGGAACAUCAGUUCAUACUGUAAUGACUGUCGUCAUGACACGAGAGCGUGUAGGUGGAAAAUAUUUUACAUAUCAAACAUUAAUAUAUUCUGUGUAAAAAAAAAAAAGGUGUAAAAUGUAUGGAGAAAUAUGAAAUAUACAGUGUGACAGGAACAAAAGUAUAUAGAUAAGAUUUAAAGCUGUAUUACUGUCAGUCAAGUCUCACUGAAGAUGAUGAGCAGGCGAGUGUGUAUAGUUUAUCAGACAGGGUGUUGCAUGUAGAGCAAUGAUCUCUGCUUUUUGCACUACAGAGAAAGAGAAACUCUCUGCUCAUGACAUUAAGCAGCGAGAAGAAGGGACCCUGACGUGAUCUAAAUACUUUACUCCAACAUUAACCAUCCUUACUUUGUAUUGUGCUUCAUUAUUCCUCAGACUGAAGAUUUUUUUUAAAAUUCUCUAAUGGCCCACUUUAUGCUUCAUAUAAUUCUGGCAUUUUUGCUAAAUACAAAUCAAAGGAUGGUUAAGCAGCAUUAAAGCAUUAUUGCCUUCUCAGAAAUAAGGAAACUAGAUCUUCCAGUAAUGGCCAUCUAGCUAAAGAGGAUGUUGGUUUUCCUACCCUGCUGUUGCAAAUAACAGCUUUUUAGUGGUGAUUUGUGGGUGCAGCAACUGAAAUCUCUACACGGGAAUCAGUGUUCAGACAUCGUCCGACCAUGUGAGUGUUGUACAAAUGGUUUCAGCUCAGUUCCUUCUAGUUCUUAGUAUGUACAGAAUGUAGACUGCCGUCAGCUCAUUUACAGGCAUGAGAUCUAAGCUCUUAAAUUCAUUUACUUUGGGUCAAAAUUGGCUGAAUUCGUCCCUUAGAGUUAAAAUCUUUCCGAUUUUCAUUAUGUUAAACCCCCUUUUUGCUGUUAUACAAAAAUUAUACAGAAAUUUUCAUUGUCAUCAGCGAAGCCCGUUUCUCCCUUGCGAGAUUCAGAGGAUUUAGAGGAAAUUACACUUGGCUGAUAUGGAAAAGUUGGUGUAUCGAUAAAAGCAAAAUGUGACAAAGUGUGGUGGAAACAGACCUAGUCAAUAAAUCAUCAGGUGCUGAAAUGAAAAAUUGCAGCAGACAUAAGCAUAAAAUCUGUGCAGAGUGACGAGGAAACUGUAAUGUUCCUCAUUAAUACACAAAGAAUACAUACAUGCCAUAUUUCCAUCAUGUUAUCUAGCUUGUUCUCCACCGUUUUAGAUUUGACUGACGCUCCUUUGAUCACAUCAUCUUGUCCUGCAGUGGUUUACUGUCACCUGACUGGAAAUAUGCAGCACUGAUUUGUGUUCUCCUGUGAUGAUUUUUGGGAAAUUUGGUUAAAAUUUUUUGCAUUUGUGGAUGGAAACCCAACUAUUGUUAACUGUUUUCUUUAGUCUUCUUUACUGAAAUAUAUUAUUUGUCUGGCUGCACUGUAACCAUAGGCACAAAUUGCUCUUCUUCUGUCACAUUUCUGACAGAGUAUGUUUCAAACUUAACUCUGGGACCUGUAUUAGUAAAAUGUGUCAGUCGUUACCACCAGUAACCACAGGUUUUGCCAAAUCUACCAUGACUGAAUAUAACUUCAGUAUUUCAGUUUGCAUUUCAGUCAAAAACCACAUACAUACUACAUAUUUGUAGGAAGCUUCCGUUCAUGACUGAGUUUCCUUUCCAAAAUGAAAUCUAAUCUGGACCCAGAUCAGUGCUUAGUGUCCUUCAGCACACAAAGACAUGUACACUGCUGUUCAGUGAUGGUGCUCUGUUCUCACCACUGUCUAAAUAAAACUCUAUCUACUGUGAUGAAACUUUGAUAAGUUUGUAAAUUACUUUUGAAUAUGGUACUAGCUCUCAUCCUUAAUAUUAUUUUUAUAAUUACCACCAGUACUUUGCUUUUUCUCCUGCUAACAGCAUUUCAUGAGAUGAUAAUGAUGAGACAUCAUAACGUGCCAUAAAAGUAGGUAGAUUUACACUAUGACUUCAUGUAUGUUUAACAGGGGUUUCAUUGACAAGUCAGCCACUACAGCCCCUCAUUAAACAGUCAUGUAAUUUACAGUUAAUUUUGCGGAUGAAAUACGAUCACACUGUGCUGCUCCAGAUUUAUCGUGUUGAAACUGGAACGCCCACGCAUUUUCCCUUAUUUAAGACGGGGAGUACAGUGAUGCAGUGCUAAACGAUGAGAGUUUUUCCUUACAGACAGUCCUCAUCCUGGUUAGUCUGGUGUAGGAUUUCUCUGAUUUAUGUGCUGUAUGUGACGGCUGUUUGAUAUCCACAGCAUCGUACCCAGGAACCUUAUCCACCCUCUCUCUUUCUCUCUUGCAGUUCAACUGAUGUUGUUGUCAAAUAUAUUAAAUGACAGAAAAGAUUAUAUAAAUUCCAGUAUGAUAGGGAAAAAAUACAUUUCAGUGUUCUGUAUCCUAUGAAUGAUACAAAAUAAACUUUGACAUUGCACCUUUGCAAAGG